CUUUUAUUAGACAAGCAAAGGCAGAAUCCCGACAUCAGGCUGUGCAGGAGCUGAUGGGUGUUUGCUACCAUACGAACUGCUUAGUACGAUCUUCUCUUGGGCCUUGGUAACUUGGAAGCGAUGUAUUCAAGGCUCGGAAGUGAUAGCCGAGUUCGGCAACAGAGACGGCAUCAACGGCAUCCAAGAGUCGAGAGUCGGCAUUCAGCGUGUCAAUUCCGACGCCUUUUGUCGAGGGUUAAGCGGUAGACCGAAGAGGCUAUUCUUUGAUUCGGAGAUUUCCUAUAACAACCACAGCCCUGGAAUUGCCCAAUAUUUGCCAGGUGUUGUCUCAGCCAAGCGGCAAGUUGGCGCUACCCAAUCAAGCUCCCACAUUUUCGAGCCUGCAACACCAGCCCGUGCGAUGCCUUCACCACAAACCUGGCCCGCUUAAACCUGCCUCUCUUCUCCCCUUUCCCUACCUCUCCCGCCCUUCCUCCCACCUCUGCCAGUAGCCAAGAUGGCGUCCGCUGUGCGAAUGAAGGCCGCGACCGGCCUGUUGAGCCUGUCGCGCGCCGCCCCCAAGAUGCUGCCGGCGCAGCGUGUGGCCGCCCUCACCCACAGCGCCCUCCUGUGCCAGCGCGGCGCAAUUGACACCCAGUGCCGCCUCUUCAGCGGCUCGGCUGCCUGCUAUGCAGACAUCAUCGUCAAGGUGCCCCAGAUGGCCGAGUCCAUUAGCGAGGGAACCCUGGCCUCGUUGCCCAAGAAGGUCGGCGAGCAGAUCGAGGCCGACGAGGAGAUCGCCAGCAUCGAGACGGACAAGAUCGACGUCGCUGUCAACGCCCCUGAGACGGCCGUCAUUGCCGAAUACUUCGUCGCCGAGGGUGACACCGUUGUCGUUGGCCAGGACCUCGCCCGCAUUGUGACUGGCGGCGACGCUGGUGCUGUCAAGAAGCCCGAGGGAGACGCUCCUCCUCCUCAGCAGGAGACCAAGGCCGCCGAACCCGCCCAGCCCAAGGUCGAGGACAAGACUCCUGCUCCUGAAGCUCCCAAGCCUGCUACUCCCGCUCCCGCGACCAAGCCCGCUGCUCAGCCGGCGCAAUCCCAGCCCGUUGCCUCGACAUCCGCAGGCCCUUCCCGAGGAGAGCGAGUUGAGAAGAUGACCCGUAUGCGAAAGACGAUUGCGAGCCGCCUCAAGCAGUCGCAGAACACCUGCGCCUCGCUCACCACCCUGCAGGAAGUCGACAUGACCAACCUGAUGGCCUGGCGCGCCAAGUACCGCGACGAAGUUGCCGAGGAGCAUGGCGUUCGCCUGGGAUACAUGGGAGCUUUCACCAAGGCCACCACCCUUGCUGCCCAGCAGGUGCCCCAGAUCAACGCCGCCAUCGACACCGAGAAGGAGAUCAUCACCUACCGCGACUACGUCGACAUCAGCAUUGCCGUUUCCGCGCCCAAGGGUCUCGUCACCCCUGUGUUGAGAAACACAAACGCCCUGAGCAUCGUCGAGCUGGAGCGGGACGUCGCUACCAUGGCCAAGAAGGCUCGCGAUGGCAAGCUGACGUUGGACGACCUCGAGGGAGGCAACUUCUCCAUCAGCAACCCUGGUAUCUUUGGUUCCAUGUUUGGAACUCCCCUCAUCAACUACCCCCAGGCCGCCGUCUUCAACAUGAACGGGAUCCAACAGCGCGUCAUGGCCAUCAACGGCCAGGCCGAAAUCCGACCGAUGAUGUACAUCAGCUUGACCUACGACCACCGUCUAAUCGAUGGCCGAGAAGCCGUCACCUACUUGAACCUCGUCAAGAAGUACAUCGAGGACCCCUCUCGAAUGCUUCUUGUUUAAGCAACACCUACCACUUCCCCAAUUGAAAAAAAAAAAAACCUUGUAUUCUAGCAUUUGCGCGUGAAAGGGACGGCUUGGAUGGCUUCAUAAACUAGACAGAAAACAGUGUAUUGUUUUGGGUGUUGCAUGGACCGGCGCUUUUCGUACAAACGGUAGAUGAUGCAAUCGAAGAUGAUCGUGUUUUUGCUUCCCAUUUCCAUGUUAGCUUGACCGUCUAAGUUAUGAGUUGUCUACUAUCGUGUCCAUCCCGAAACACGACCGAAUCAUCUGGAUACCCUUGUCAAUUG